UUCGAUUCUCAAACCGAUCUUGACGAUAUUAUAUCCUGAUUUUUUACCAAAUAUAAUAAGUACUUGAUCAUCCCUGCUCUUGUAGUACUGUAUACGUGAACGGUAACAUAGUCUCUUCUACUGGUCGUUGUUGUUCUUAUAUGUAUGUAUAUAUAUAAUACAUGAUUCAACAUGUCCGUGUUGCAAGCUAUAGAAGAAAAAGUCAAAGCAGUUGAGGAAAAGCUUUCAAAAAUGCCACCUCCUAUCAAAUUGAAGGAAUUGAUUCGGAACAUCAGGGCGGCACGGACACAAGCAGAAGAGAGAGCACUAGUGCAAAAAGAGUGUGCACACAUUAGGUCUUCAUUCCGAGAAGAAGACAACACUUACAGAUGUAGAAAUGUGGCUAAAUUAUUGUAUAUACACAUGCUGGGCUACCCAGCUCAUUUUGGGCAGUUGGAAUGUUUAAAAUUGGUUGCUCAGCCGAGGUUUACAGAUAAACGAAUUGGAUAUUUAGGUACCACGUUGUUAUUAGACGAAAGACAGGAUGUACAUCUUUUAGUUACCAACUCAAUGAAAAAUGAUAUGAAUCAUAAUACGCAGUAUAUCGUUGGUUUAUCACUGGGUUGUCUGGGUAGUAUAUGUUCACAGGAGAUGUGUAGGGAUCUUGCUGGAGAAAUUGAAAAACUCAUGAAACAAUCAAAUGCCUACAUUAAAAAGAAGGCAACACUGUGUGCGUUCCGGAUAAUACGCAAAGUUCCAGAACUUAUGGAAAUCUUUAUUCCAGCAACGAGGGCAUUAUUGAGUGAAAAGAAUCACGGUGUGUUAUUGACAGCAGUGUCUCUCAUAACGGAAAUGUGUGAAAAAAGUCCUGACACAUUGGCUCAUUUUAGAAAAAAUGAGGAGCUGGUGCCCAAUUUAGUGAGAAUAUUGAAGAAUCUCAUAAUGUCUGGUUAUUCACCGGAACAUGAUGUGUCUGGUGUCAGUGAUCCAUUCUUACAAGUUAAAAUUAUACGACUUUUGCGAAUUCUUGGUAAAGACGACCCUGAUGCGAGUGAAGCCAUGAAUGACAUCUUAGCACAAGUAGCCACCAAUACUGAAACGAGUAAAAACGUUGGUAAUGCCAUUCUUUACGAAACUGUACUAGCAAUCAUGGACAUCCAUUCAGAAAGCGGUCUUCGAGUAUUAGCUAUCAACAUAUUAGGCAGAUUCUUACUUAAUAAUGAUAAGAAUAUCAGAUAUGUUGCAUUGAACACACUUUUAAAAACAGUUAGUUCUGAUAUAAAUGCAGUUCAGAGGCAUAGAAGUACCAUAGUAGAUUGUUUAAAAGAUCCUGAUAUUUCUAUAAGAAAGCGAGCUGUAGAGUUAUGUUUUGCUUUGAUCACUGCUAAUAAUGUACGAGGCAUGGUGAAAGAGUUGAUUUUCUUCUUAGAAAAAAGUGAUCCUGAAUUCAAGUCUUACGUUAGUUCCAAUGUAUUCUUAGCCUGUGAAAAAUAUGCUCCAAGUCAAAGAUGGCACAUUGACACCAUGAUGAAGGUACUAACUACAGCGGGUAACAAUGUGUUAGAUGAUACGGUAGCCAGUCUUAUACAAAUGAUAUCAGAUACAAGUGCGUACCAUGCUUAUGUAUCACAACGACUAUUCAAGGCUAUUCAAGAAAACUAUACCAUGCAACCUUUAGUACAAGUAGCAGUCUGGUGUAUUGGUGAAUACGGUGAUUUACUGAUGGCUGGUCAGCUGGAAGAAGAAGAACCAAUCCAGGUCACCGAAGAUGAAGUUGUGGACAUCCUUGAAAAAAUUAUACAAUCAACAGUGUCAUUACCAAUUACAAAACAGUUUGUGUUAACAGCUCUCAUGAAACUUAGUACUAGAUUUACAGUGGCUGUAGAACAUAUUAAGAAAACGAUCGCAUUGUAUGGUCCUAGUCUAGACAUGGAAUUACAACAAAGAGCAGUGGAAUAUUCUAAGUUGUUUCAAAGCUAUGACCACAUGAGGGCAGCAUUACUGGAGCGGAUGCCACCCAUGGAAAAUAAAAACAUCAGCGGCUCUCAGAUUGAAAAGAAAAACAAAAAUAACAAACCGAUUAGUAAAGUCGAAAAUACAGAUGUUUCGGCAGUUCAACCUGAGAGUAAUGGUCUUCUUGAUUUAAUUGGAGGAUCUGCAAUUUCAACGCCUAGCAUAGAGCCCAACCGACCACAGAAGGAGAGCACAGACCUAUUAGAUUUACUUGAUUUGGAUCUUAGUGCACCGGCUAUGCCCAUGAACCAACCAGCUAUGCUGCUACAACCAGGUCUCAUGCCAAUGAGUAAUAAUAUGACUAACCUGAUGGAUGGUGUACCAGCAAUGCAACCAUCAACUAACUUGUUAGAUGGUGACAUGGGCAUUACUAUAAAUAACAGAAUUCCUUCACUGACGGCGUUUGAAAAAGGUGGAUUGAAAGUGGAAUUAGAGUUUGAAAAAGACACCAGUCCAAAUGUGAUUAAUAUUACAGCGAAAUCUACCAACUCAACAACUUAUCCAAUGACAGAUUAUGUUUUCCAAGCUGCGGUUCCAAAGACUUUUGAUCUGCAGUUGCACUCGCCGUCAAGUAACAUAGUGCCUCCAAACAACUCUGCUGCUGUCACACAACUGAUCAAAGUCUCAAAUCCACAGAAAGCAGUCUUGAGAAUGAGGCUUAAGAUAAUGUACAACAUUAAUGGUAUGCAGAUUUCCGAACUAGGCGAGGUCAACAACUUUCCACCAUCGACAUAUCAGUAGCAGGACGUUUUUGAUUUACAGGACGAAGGAAUGAGUUAGUUUUCGUGAUUGCUUGUUAUGACUGACCCACCAGUUAUCACUGGUAUUACAACAGGUGCAUUUGUAAAUACAGCUAUCGGCUAUCAAGAAUGUAAUGUACAGUUACAGUAUUGCCAACUAAACAUCUAGUUUGUGAGAUCAGAAAAUGGAUGGAUGUGUAUUCGGCUGAAUGGAUUCUUUCAGUCAGGGGAUUGGGGAGGGUCUAUAUUUGUAUUUAACAUUGGUUCGAAUCUGAGGGUGAAAACAAAUGUUUUAAGAUGGCUUUUUAGCUAAACUGCACAGGAAAGUAUGGCGAUUAACGCAUUAUAUUGUAUGUUUGGUAGUUUAAUUCUCUUAUCUGCCAACUAUGGUAUAUUUGAUCAUGUAGGUUUCUGCUCUAGAAGUGCCAACUUUCUAAAUUCCUUGUAAUUGUCCCAUCGUCUUGAUGAAAAUCAUGAUUUUUCUCUCUAAUAAAAGUAAACUUGUCUAUUUUCACCUGAACAAAUUUACGAAACCAUGUGGUGCAUGUAUCUGUUGUUCCCUGCACCAAGAUCACCCCACCCCUUUCUAUGAUGAGUGAACAUAGAAAGAAAUAUAGUCAGGUAUUUCCACUCGAUUACAAACAAUACAAUUGUUACUCCAUCCAGUGUGUGUAAUGACUACUUCACUAAGUAAUAAAGAGUAAACACUUUAGCAAAUAUUACUAGAACAGAAAAUAAAUGGUUAUUUGUUUUGAUUUAAAUAAUGCUGCUUUCCUCCAUGAUACUUUUCGUUUUGGGGGGUAAAAAGAAAACCUGAUCCGCUGACAUUAGAGUGAUGUGGUGAUUAUAGAAUGAAUACAGAAAUCUUCACAAAUGCUGCAACCAUUUAGGGGGGGGGGGGGUGUUAGACACUAGCAAUGAAGCAGUCACCACUGGCAUGAUGGACUGUCUACAAAAAUGAUUGGUGCACUCUCAGAAGAACCAAAACAAGCAUCUUUUUGGUGUACUUUACAUGCGCCUUUAUUAGAGAAGUACUGUUGGCGGAGCAUGGUAGAGGCAGACUAAUGACUGUAGCGGUGGCUACAUGGUGUCUUCACUGUAUUGUCCUUGAAAUAUUUUAUUCCUUUCAAAAAGUUUGUCUGAUGCGAAGAUCUUCUGAAAGAUACAUUAUCACUUUGUAUGAUUUGUAGAAAGCCUGCCACUUUGGACUCUUUUAAGCAUUAUUAUAUAGGUUUCAGACUUUGUACAGUUCAUGAGAAAUCAAGUUAAGAAAAUCCCUUUCAAAUGCAUGUUAAUGGGCCUAGUUUUGAGUGCCCAAACCAACUGAUUUUAUGAUUUCUCAGAGAUUUUCUGCCUCUGGAAAAGUGGGGAUGCAACUUUAAGCAGUUAUUUGUUGUAUGGUUGGACAUACAAAAAUGUAUGCACCAAAAUCACAUUCAAGCCUGUAUAUAGUAUUUACCUCAACCCUAUUUUUUGGUUAAAAAAAUUGUCAUUAGUUAUAUAAGAAAUUCUCAAUCAUUCUGUUAGGGUGGGAGAUUUAUUCCUUGAAUGCAAACCGGUUAUUCUGUCACUGCUAGCUACAUACUGUGAACCCUUGACCAUAAAUUUUGAGGUGGCGAGAUACAAGCAGGUGCCUUUCCCUGAAAAUCAAAACAAGAUUGCUUCUUCCUUGGUCAUGCAGCGAAGUUGACUUGCAUGUGAAUAAAAGAACACCAACUGUAAAUUACAAUUUCUACUUUUUCUCUUGUACCAUUCUGACCUGAAUGAAUUUGUUGACUCGUAAAAUACCCUUUAGUGAUAUUUUUUUUUUUUAUAUAUUUAAGUUGAAUAUCUUGAAGGUGUGCAAAGUGCUGUAUAUAUAUAUGUAUGAAUUCAUUUUCUUUUACUCGAAGUGUAUUACAUCAAGUUUAACUAUGUACAGAAAACUAUAUGAUUUAGUUUUAUGGGGUAUUAGUUUACAAUGGGUACAGUAAUUGCCUAAAGAACAAAAGGCACAUUCUGGGUCCCAAGUAUUAAUACAAAGCUGUUUAUUUGUUCUUGUUUUUCAAAAAAAAAUUUAGUUUCAAGCUGCUAUGUAGAUUGGGGAAAAAAAGAGUGUGAUUUCUUUGAAUAGUAAUUUUCACACUGUAGUCUGGUGUUGUCAUGGUAAUGAUGCAUGUACAGUAAUUGGCGUAAGAUUAUUUUGACCAGCAAUUUAAAUUAAAAAAAAUAAAUCUUUUAACGAAAAAAAAAAAUGUGUAUUUAAAUCAAACCAUAUCAGUGCUUAUUGAGACUGGGCUAAUGACAUAAACUGCCUGUAGUCAUAGCAAUGGUCACUUCCUUGUAGAAUACAAGGUUAAAAAAAAAAAAAAUGUGCAACAUUUAAAAAAAAAAGUGGUCUGUAAUAAAAGUAUACUCAAA